UCCUCCGGACUGCCACUAGCAAAGAAGGUCGAGCCACCGGAGAGCCAGACAACCAGCAACGGCCGAGCCACCGCCCCGGCCAUGAGCGACACCGUCGUCAUCACCGUGGUCGACAACUCUUUCAUCAACAAGAGCCGCCUCAACCAAUGGUCUGGCAUCCAGAAGGAGCUGCAGACUGACACGUCGUCGGCGGACGGGAUCGAGAGGGUGAUGUUCACGUGCAGAUUCAUGGAGGAUCGGCCGUUCAUGUACCGUGCUUGCCACGAUCGAGACCCGACCGCAAUGUCCAUCGACGUGCAGCGAAGCGAGGUUGUGACAGUCGAUGCGGGGUACGAUGCAGUCAAUGUGCUUCAAACAGACAAGGGACAAAUCACCGACAACUUUGCUCGCACUGCUGCCGAAGAAGUCAUGGUGUGCGCUCGUAGAGACAGGUGCCAUGCCGCCUAUGCAUGCCCAGAAGCGCAACUAAUGGCCAGUAACCCUGUUAUCUACCUCAAUGACGAAGGACUCGUCAGGCGGCUCCUUCGGUGGGUUGCUGACAUAUGCGGGGGCGGGAACCAUGCCGUCUAUGCAUGCCCCGAAGCGCAACUCAUGGCCGGCUGUCCUUUUAUUCAACUGAAUGAGGAAGGCCCGAUCGAGUGGCUCCUCCGGUGA